AUGGACAACAGAGAAAUAACGCGACCCCUUGUACAAGCACCGAUGGAAUCACCUUUAAAUUUAGCUCACAUGUUUAGUAGGCGGGCAGACAUGCUUACAAAGAAUCGGAAAUAUGAAGAAGCUUUGAGCUGUCAUCGUAAAGCUGCUGAGUGCCUGCUUCAGGCCAUGCAUACAGCAUCCUGCCCCACACUCCUGGACUCCUUGGCCCUACAACAUAAAGUCUACCUGUCCCAGAUUGAGAGACUGCAAGCAAAAAGCCAGCUCUUUGAGCUGAUGGAUCGCAACAACAAAACCACAGCCACCAUCAGUCGAGCCACUCAGACAGACAGCAUACAUACAGUAGAGACAAGCGAGCAGACGACAAUUGAUGAAGAUGAGAUUUACCAGACUUUACGAGAAAACGAUGAUUUGCUCAACCGCAUUGGUCUCCGGAAUUUGGAGAAAUCAGACUGCAGCCAGUUGUCGAUAAUUAGUUACAAGUCUAGUAUUUUAUCAGAAGGAGAUGCCGUGGAUGUCAUCAACAAUGAUAAGAGCACAGUUACAUCCAAAAUGUUAAAACCAGAUGGCACUACCCUAGGAGAUGGCUUUGUUUCCAUGGAAGAAAUAGUCAAGAUGAAUGAGAAGUUAAGUCAGGCAGUUCGAAGCUUGUUGCAGGAUCUUGGCUCAACAAAGGCUGAGAAAAAACAGAUGGAGGAAAAGCUCGGAGAAAGCCAAGAAAUACUCAGACAAGGUUCUGAGGCUUUAACAUUUUCAAGCUUGAACCUUCCCCCAUUAGAAGCUUCCUAUCCAGAACUAGCUAACUUUAAUAUUCAGUCUUGA